UUUCACGUAAGAGAAUUUGUACUAUGGACAACAUGAAAACAGUCUUGGUACUUUCAGCCAUGGUAUGUGUACAGUUACACUCUAGUUGGGGAAUAUCGUGUCCUACACCAAACAGCUGCGACGUAAACUACGGUACCUGUGAACUUGUUGAUGACUUUGAAGUAUGCAGUUGUUAUUCUGGUUUCGCAUUGGACGAGGAUGGCGUGACGUGCAGUGACAUUGACGAGUGUGCCCUUGGAAUCUCUGGAUGCGAACAUAACUGUCACAAUACUAUUGGUGGAGCCGAAUGUUCUUGUAAUGAGGGGUUCACUAUCAGGAGCCCACGAACACCUUUCUUGUGUAAAGACAUAGAUGAAUGCAUGACUGAUAAUGGCGGAUGUCAGACCACCUGUAACAACACAGAAGGCAGUUUCAUUUGUUCGUGUGAUAGAGGCUAUGAAUUGUGGGUAGACGGUAAGCAAUGUGAUGUGGAAGCGCCACAGUUUCGUCACUGUCCUGCCGACGUAUUGGUAUACGUCGACGGAGAAACUCGGUAUGUGAAGGUGGAAUGGACAGAACCAAGGGUGAGUGAUAACUCUAGACAUGUAACGGUGACUUCAACGCAUACUUCCGGCGACUUAUUUCCAUUAGGAGAGGCGACUAAAGUCAUGUAUCAGGCCACAGAUCGUGCACGCAAUGCUGCUAGGUGUCAUUUCAACGUUCUUGUACACUUAUCACCAGAUGGAAAAUGUGAAAUAGAAGAUGGUUUAUUCGCCCACAUGAGACAUUGCCACAAAUAUAUAAUCGUUGACGUGGAGAAAAAGUACAAUGACGCAGAACGUUUCUGUGGUAAAUACUUUGUGAAUGGAGAGCUGGCCAUAAUACAUAACGCUGAUACAAAUGACUUGCUGACAAAUUACCUAGAUCAGAUGCAAUCCGACGGAACACUAGACGCGAACGGUUUCUGGUUUGGUGGUGCUUAUAGUAUGAGUAUGACUAGCGGUAUUGCAAAACGACGGGCUCUACAAUCGUCAGUAUGCUACAGCAAUUGGAAAACAUUCAGAUUUUCUGGUUCCAGCAGCGAAGAGAGAAGCGGUUCAGACUCCGGUCACCACAGCGCAUGUACGCAAUUAUGGUCAGUUACGGAACCACAGUGGGAAAAUAUUAAGUGUAGUCACAAGAAUGGAUUUAUUUGUGGAUAUGUAGAAGAUAUCGCCAUGAAGUGUUCUCACAGAUCGGUGAUCAGUUUCCUGGCGUCUAUUUUCUUACUUGGUUUGGCACAAGGCUCUAAAAACGACGGCCAUAAUGUGCGAAAAAGAAAUGCUUGUGUCUGCGAUCCAGAUUUAACAAACCUUGGUCCUGGAGCAACUGGCCCGAUUAGUUCACCAGGUUGGCCAAAUAAUUAUCCAGACAACUGUGAUUGUACAACUACUAUUCAAGCACUUCCUGGUAACGUUAUUGAGAUACAGUUCCACUCAUUCGAUGUACAAUAUAAUUCAAUACUGUGCGGAUCCGAUUCGGUCAAGCUUUUCGAUCCAAUGUACCGGAGUAACCCUCUGUGGACAGUACUCGCCAUUGUGGACGUCAACGGAAGACAUGUGAUCGUUAGCUUCCACAGUGACGAUACACUGCUUUUCAAAUUUGGUGAUCAACUCGACCAACUGGUGCCGUCCAAUGACGAUGCUACAAGUCUUGUACCGCUAUCUAAUACGUUUCAUUUCAUGGGACAGGAUUACCAGCAGUUAUGGGUGAACGACAACGGUAUCAUCACGUUUCACACAGCACCAGCCACAUCAUUUGAUCCGAAACCAUUCCCAAUCGCACAACGACCUAUGAUUGCUGGCAUAUGGGCUGAUGUAGAAAAAGCGCAUGGUGGUAAGUUAUAUUACCGAGAAACCACAGAACAAAGCGUGCUGGACCAUGCCACUGACGUCCUAAGGGAAUGGAACUUCGGAUUUGCCCUAAAUGUUGAGUUUGCGUUCGUUGCCACGUGGUAUGAAAACGGAUUUUUCGGUUCCAAUGCAGCUACGAGGAAUAAGAGAAACACUUUUCAAAUUGUACUUGCUAUGGGGAAUGACGGCUGUGGUUACGUUAUUUUCAACUACGUGAAAGUCAAAUGGUUCAGUAGUGGAACUCUGGCCGGGUACGAUGCUGGUAGUGGAGCUCCGGGCACAUUCGUUGUAAUCGAUGACUCAGACACUCCUGCUGUUGUCGAUAUCACCUCAGAUUCAAAUGGAAACAGGGAGGGACGUUUUGUUUACAAAACAUGCUCCAGCUUUGUCAGUGCUUGUGACACGCUCAAUGGAGGUUGUGAACAACUGUGCGAAACCCAGGGCGUCACUGUUACGUGUUCGUGUGUUGAAGGGUACGAACUUGAUGCCGACGAGCAAUCCUGUAACAACGUUAAUGAAUGUAACACCGACAAUGGUGGAUGUGAGGUCACGUGCUCCGAUACCAUUGGUUCAUUUCAGUGUUCUUGUGACGAUGGGUUCGUGCUUAACUCGAAUGGCUUUCUUGCGAUGAUGUUAAUGAGUGUAACGAGGGAACCGACGACUGCCAGCAAGUAUGUGUCAACACAUUUGGGUCAUUCCAGUGCGCCUGCAACGCCGGCUAUACAAAGAACGACGACGGGAAAACGUGUGAUGGUAAGACGUGAUGACAACACAUCUAGAUAG